GGUAUAAAGAGGCCAGACUCUCAGCCCAGAAGUCAUUACAAAAGUCUUACAGCUUUACCAAUAGUUUUGUUUCGAGAAAAACCAACCACAACAGCCACCAAAGAUGCCUUGCAAGGGAUGCGGAAAUAACUGCCAGUGUCAGGCCGGCAAAUGCGGCGGAAACUGCGCCGGAAAUAGCCAAUGUCAAUGUGCCGCCAAGACUGGAGGAGCCAAGUGCUGCCAAGCCAAGUGAUUGCUGUCAACGAGACAUACCUAAUUUAAAUAAUUAUUAGUUGUUAAUAGUUGCUACCUAAUUGCCUACGACUGAAGCUCAAUAAAUACCUUAUAAUGUAAUAUAUAAA